CCGAGGGCGAAGGAAGCGCGUCCGUCUGUCCGUCUGUCUCUGCCGGCCCGGUCCGGCCCCGCCCCGCACGUCCCCAGUGCCCGCACCGACACCGGCUCCGGCACCGACAUAGCGACCGCGCAGCGGGGCAGGCAGCAGACAGCAGGCAGCCUCACGUCCACCCACCCACACACACGAGAGCAGCCGACAUGUCCGACUUCGACAGCAACCCCUUCGCAGAUCCCGAGUUCAACAAUCCUUUCAAGGAUCCAUCUGUUACACAAGUGACAAGAAAUCCACCACCAGCAUUGGAGGAAUACAAUCCUUUCACAGAUGGGCGAAAAGCACCGCCAGGGAAUGUUGAAAAGCCUCCAAUGCCCAGUACACAGCCAGCUAUUAUGAAACCUACAGAGGAGCCUCCCACAUAUGCUCCACAUACACAGGAAACCGCUGCAGCCCAGGCGGAAUUGUUGAGACGCCAGGAAGAACUAGAGCUAAAAGCAGCAGAACUUGAUCGGCGGGAACGGGAGAUGAAAAAUCUCAGCUAUGAUCCUCGGAAGAACAAUUGGCCUCCACUUCCUGAACGAUGUCCUGUGGGGCCAUGUUUCUAUCAAGACCUCUCGGUAGAUAUCCCUGUUGAAUUUCAAAAGACAGUCAAGAUGCUCUACUACUUAUGGAUGUUUCAUUCUGUAACUCUUCUGGUAAAUAUUUUUGGUUGCCUUGCCUGGUUCUGUGUUGAUAGCUAUCGAGGCGUGGACUUUGGCCUGUCCAUUCUCUGGUUCUUGCUUUUUACCCCCUGUUCGUUUGUUUGUUGGUACAGACCACUCUACAAGGCUUUCAGGAGUGACAGUUCCUUCAGCUUCUUUCUAUUCUUCUUCGUAUUCAUAUGUCAGUUUGCAGUCCAUGUUCUACAAUCAGUAGGAAUUCCACAGUGGGGGAACUGUGGUUGGAUUUCCGCACUAACAGCUCUUAAUAAAAGUAUUCCAGUCGGUGUUCUGAUGAUGAUUACUGCAGCAGCUUUUACUGGCUCGUCUGUUGUCUCACUAAUCAUGUUUAAAAAGGUGCAUGGAAUGUAUCGUACUACAGGAGCUAGCUUUGAAAAAGCUCAGCAAGAGUUUGCGACGGGAGUAAUGUCGAACAAAACUGUACAAACCGCUGCAGCGAAUGCAGCCUCUACUGCUGCCCGUGGUGCUUUCAAAGGCAACCAAAUUUAAAGGAGAUGGGGAAGCACACCACCUCUCUACUUGAUUUCAUCUGUCCAUGUACUGCUCCAGUCAUUACAAGCAUACUGAUAUCUAUGAACAUGGUCUCAUCAUAACUUCAGCAUGAACCUUUAUAAGGGGGAAAAAAAAAUCUUUAUGUAGCCCUUGAAUUAGGUUUUCACAUGGGCUAAAAUUUGACAAACGGUAUUUGCUUGACUGAAACAUUCUUUUUUAAUCGCUUUUUAUUUUCCCUAGAUAUUUUGGAACAAUCAUACUGACCUUUUUUCUCUUUUUUUUUUGUUAAAGCUGUAAAUAGCAUGUUUCACGGUCUCUUUAAUAUUGUAUUUCUGAAUUACUGGAGAAUCUUGCAUCUUCUGUGCUACACUGGAUUGCUGUCUAAUUUGCACGCAAAUUUGUGAUAUUGAAGAAUUGUUUGUGCUACCAGUGUACAUUGGAUUGGAUUUUUUUUUUCCCUGUGUGUCUGAUGCAUCAUCUGUAACUGCCCCGAUAAAACCCCACUUCCAAGUCAAUACUCAAGUACCUUUAAUCAUUUGCAAUUGUUUGUAGUUUUUCCUCUUAACUUUUUGUCUAUCAACUCAAAAUGUCAUCUAUCACACUUAGACAUUUUAGUGGUGUAAUCACAUGGUUGAUUUACUAUUUCUAGCAUAAUUGAGUACAUGAUCCAAACCAAGAAUCCUAAAUAAUUGGAGUGUAAGCUGUGUGGCACAGUAUAAUUUGAAGUUGUCAAUUACAAGUGGAGUGAAUUGUUUGGAAUGUCUUUUGGAAAUUGAACUGCAAUAAUUAAGUAUGUUGUGCCUUCAACUAUUACAAAUUGACAGUGCAAAACAAAUUCCUGCCGUAAGAGUCUUUGAGAAAUACGAAUUCUGCUUGUAAAGGGUUGUACUUGCAUGUUUUAAUUUGGAUUUUUUUUUAAAUCAACUAUUGACAUGUUCAAUAGCAUUUUGGGCUCUUGUCUGGCAUUUCAGUUUAUUGGAUCAUGUUUUGGAAAUAAUAAUCUUUUUCUUUCCAGUUAAAAUAUUGGUUUAAUUAGAUUUCUGAAGGCUGUUCGAAUACAAGAUUGAUAAAUGGUUAAAUUGACAGUUUGCUCUUUAAAAUGUGACAUCGAUAAGUAAAGCAACUGACUGUACUACUGUUAAGUGUUUCAAUCUUGUUGAUCAAUGAGAUCACCUCUUGCAUUCGCGAAGAUAGUUCUUAUGAUUGGCUGUUGGUUACGUGCUUGUCUAACCCUAUUGCAGGUCUAAUCUAGAAGCGGUGAUAUCUACAUUUUUCUUCUUGCUGUUGGUUAUUUUUAUACCCACGCUGCUCCUUCCUAAAAUCAGCGAUGCCACUGAAGAAAAUCCUGCUCCCAUGAUGGGCCUGAAGAAGAAAGGACUUUCCAUUUUGAAAAAUGGAUACCGUAUUAUGUGGCCGGAUAUAGUGAAAAUUGCACUGUAUAGGUUACCUUGUGUAUAGAGAAUUCUUCAACACUGAUUUAAGUUUUAAUCUGAAGUACUCAUUGAGUGCAGAUAUUUCAGAAGCAGAAGCUGGAUUCAGUCAGCCAAUCGAUAAUUACACAAGUAUUCAAAUGUAGAUCAUGACAGCUUUGGUAAUGUUUGCAGUUGCGGUGAGUACAGCAGAAUGCAAUUCUUGCCAGGUCCGCAUACCUGUUACAAAUUUCCUUGCAAUGCUGGAUCUUUGUUUUCCAUUUUAUUUGACUGAAAAGCGAUUGAAGUGUGCAGUUUAGGUUCAUUUUGUGUGUGUGUGUGUGUGUAUGUGUUAGCUUGACUUAGUUCCGGUUGUUGGUUUCGUAAGCUGAUCAAGCAUCAUUGAAGUGUUGUUUUAUUUAUUUUACUUAUGCAUCAUUUUUUUUUCUUUUCUGAGUUCAUUGUUGUAUAAAUUGUAUUUUGAGGGAUAAUGUACACACUUGAUUUUCAAAGCAGUUGUAACAUUUUAAAGAAAUUCAAGGCAUAAUAUGCAUUGAAAUAUACAUUGUUUAUAAUGUCAUGACUGAGUGUUGGACUAGACAGUUUCAGUUUGUAAUGCCUCGAGUUUGUAUGCACAAGCAUCAUAAACCUACCACUGCGGUUCCAUCACCCAUCACUAUUAAUUAACACUUUUGAACCAGUCGAGAGAAAGCAGAGAAUUUAGUUGAAUCCUGCAAUUGGAGCAUGACAUUUGAUGCAACCAGGUGAACUCUAUAUUUCUGGUCACAGCACCACCCAUUUACCUGUAAGUAGCAGGCACAGACAGAAUAUAUUAAUUAAUUAAUUAAUUAAUUAAUUGGAAAUAGGAUGUCAGGCAAAGUUAAUAAUGCAAACUUUAAUAAACCCCAAGCUUUGAACAAAUUAGCUUGUAAUAAGAGCAUUUCCUCGCUUGCAUAUUUUAAACAAAAUUGCAAUUAAAAUAUAUUUUUAAAAUAAAAUUGAAUGAAAUCUUGAUUUAUACAUAUUUGAAAGAUUAGUUAUGGAUAUGUGAAUUGAGUGCUUUUUAGUAGAAUUAUCAUGAUAACCAAACACCUUGUUUUGAAUGGAAUCAAUGGUAACAAUUUGUUCUGUUAUUGGUACUUCUUAUGUUAAAUGUUAUACUAAAUAUUUUAAUGUUGCAAGAGGCAUUGAAGGAAAUGUCAUCCUUUGUUAAUUUAUAUAAUUAGUGAUAUUGGUGUAUUUUCUACUUUAAAGAACUUUUGUUGUGCAGUACUGUGAUAAAUCUUAAUUAAAUUGUGAAAUGGUGCAGAAAUGGCAAUGUUUGUUAAACAAAACUUUUGGGUAUGCAAGACUCAAUUUUCAAUGGUAAAUUCUUUCUUUGAAGUAAACUGGAGCAAGCUUUAUCCCACACUGCCGCAGAUGAUUGGGGAAUUUCUGCUAAAUGUGGAUAUGGACUCUGAAGUUAUCUUGGUGGUGAAGAUUGAGUUUAUGUAUCCUCUGGGGUGUCACUGUCUUAAAUGACAGUCUUGUUUAUGAAUUGUUAUUGAUUUGAAAAGUCUGAAAAUCGAUUCUCAGUGUUAAAUGUGGCAUUGAUUUGUGUACUGUUGGGGAUUUUGGUGACAUUUGUAGUCUUGCCUUUUAUAUAAAAUGAGUGCAACACUUGAAUCGUAUGAAAAAACGGGAUUGGUAACAGAUGAUGAUGAAUUUCUGUUUUGAAAGUUGAGUUGAUUUAUUUGAUUUGAUUAUGGAGUAAAUAUAAAUUCAAUUUUACUUAAUACGAAAUUGAGAAACCUACAAGUUCUGUUUUUCCAUUCUGCUUCUUCAAAAAAGGCUGAAGUCAAUCAGGAGAGAAGCUUAAUUAAAUUUCCCAACCCUUAUAAUGCGUCCGAGCAGUAUGUCAGCAUGCAGUAAAUAAUAGCUGGGAGCACAUGGAUUAAACAAUUGAUAACAUUGAGAAACUGCAGCAACACUAUUAAUCAAGGUAUCCGACAUAUGUUUCCUUUUGGUGGAUGGGGAAGAAAGAGAACAUCUAUGCACAUGGAAAUAUGCACAAGAGUGGCUAUAUGUCCCCUUCAGGCUUUAUAAUCACUUGACAGGGAGCAUUCCCCAUACUUUGUCAAGGGAUAUGUAAGGAGCUGACACUUAAAUAAAUUCAAAAUGUGGAAGCCACUGAAUGAUUUAGAGUAUAUAAUGUAAAGUAAUGUGGUUUAUUGUUAAGCAUCAAAGAAUGGAGAACAAUAGACAAUAGGUGCAGGAGUAGGCCAUUCGGCCCCUCGAGCCAGCACCGCCAUUUAAUGUGAUCAUGGCUGAUUAUCCCCAAUCAGUACCCCGUUCCUGCCUUCUCCCCAUAUCCCCUGACUCCGCUAUUUUUAAGGGCCCUAUCUAGCUCUCACUUGAAAGCAUCGAGAGAACCGGCCUCCACCACCUUCUGAGGCAGAGAAUUCCACAUACUUACAACUCUCUGUGAGAAAAAGUGUUUCCUCGUCUCCGUUCUAAAUGGCUUACUCCUUAUUCUUAAACUGUGGCUCCUGGUUCUGGACUCCCCCAACAUCGGGAACAUGUUUCCUGCCUCUAGCGUGUCCAAACCCUUAUUAAUCUUAUACGUUUCAAUGAAAUACCCUCUCAUCCUUCUAAACUCCAGAGUGUACAAGCCCAGCCGCUCCAUUCUCUCAGCAUAUGACAGUCCCCACCAUCCCGGGAAUUAACCUUGUAAACCUACGCUGCACUCCCUCAAUAGCAAAAAUGUUCUUCCUCAAAUUAGGGGACCAAAACUGCACACAAUACUCCAGGUGUGGUCUCACUAGGGCCCUGUACCACUGCAGAAGGACCUCUUUGCUCCUAUACUCUUGUUAUAUAGGCCAACAUGCCAUUCGCUUUCUUCACUGCCUGCUGUACCUGCGUGCUUAAGAAAGUCAUCUGUUGGAAGCUUUGUGCUCCAAGCAGAAGGCUAAAAAGCAAAUAGAGGCUCUGAACUGAAUAUAAUAAACCAGAGCUCCUGAAAAUGUUUAAAGGGUAUGGGGGACAUCUUUAUCAGGGGAUACAAAUUGAGUUGACUGAAAAUCAAAAUCACACUAUUUGGUGGGCCAUUCAAAAGAAUAAGGGUCAACCCUUUGAUCUGUAAGGUUGCUGAAGUCAUGUAAAUGUAUUUUUUUAAAUCAAGAAACUGCUGAUGCUGGGAAUCUGAACCCAAAACACAAAAUGUUGGAGACACUCGGCAGUUCAGGAGACACCCGUGGACAGAGAGUUAAUGUUUCAGAUUGGAGUCCCUUUGUCGACCUGACAAUUUAAUUAUUUGAUGGAAGUGCAUACUUAUAUGGAACUUAUUAAAGAUCUGAUGAGAUCUACCUUUGCUCUCUACCUUUGGAUAUAGUCCAAGAUCAUUUGAAGAGUAAUUAUUUGGGCAGGUGAGCAGCAAAUAUCUGGUUACCGGUAAUCUCUCUGGGUGUAGAGGAAAAAAAAAAAAAAAAUAAGGGAAUCUUCGCAGUUGUAUAAGACGUUGGUGAGACCACUUUUAGAAUAUUGUGUUCAGUUGUGGGCACCAUGUUAUAGGAAAGAUAUUGUCAAGCUUGAAAGGGUUCAGAAAAGAUUUAUGAGGAUGUUGCCAGGAUUAGACGGUGUGAGCUAUAGCGAGAGGUUGAGUAGGCUGGGUCUCUAUUCCAUGGAACACAGGAGGAUGAAGGGGGAGGGGUUCUUAUAGAGGUGUAUAAAACCAUGAGAGGUAUAGAUCGGGUAAAUGCACAGAGUCUCUUGCCCAGAGUAGGGGAAUCGAGGACCAGAGGACACUGGUUCAAGGCGAAGGGGAAAAGAUUUAAUAGGAAUCCGAGGGGUAACUUUUUCACUCCAAGGGUGGAGGGUGUAUGGAACAAGCUGCCAGAGGAGGUAGUUGAGGCUGGGACUAUCCCAUUGUUUAAGAAACAGUUAGACAGGUACAUGGAUAGGACAGGUUUGUGGGAUAUGGACCAAACUCGGGCAGGUGGGACUAGUGUAGCUGGGACAUUGUUGGCUGGUGUGGGCAAGUUGGGCCGAAGGACCUGUUUCCACACUGUAUCACUCUAUGACUUAAAAAUUAACUAAUGAGGAAAAAUGGAAUCUGGGUGACAAGCCUUCCAAUUGAAGUGUUACACUGACAACAUUUAUUUUACAGUUUUUAUUUGAUGAUGUUAAAAUUCUCAUAUCUGGGUUAUUGAGAAAAUUAUAUAAAUGUUAAAGAUCAGUUGCAUUGUAUUAAAUAUCAUUGAGCUAUUUGUUUUUAAAUAGUCAUUUUAUAAUCAGAUACAUUUUGAUUUACCCCAAUCGCAAUGGGAGCUUCUGAGAACUUGUACAAGAAAAAUAAAGGAAGACAUGAAACUAAAAAGUAUUUUUUACCCUGGCUUGAAGCUGAAUUUCAGAAUUAAGCAUGUUAUAAUAUGGGCUUUAAUCAGGAGGAUUAUUUGUCAUUCCUAAACUCAUCAGAACUCGUUGCUAUAUGUUUGUUUUUCUUGCCACGUCUUGUUGAAAGAAUAAGCCACUUAAUUUCUCCCUCCAUUCUUUUAAUCUAACUUUUGUAAUGAGCAGUUUAAUAAUCUUUCCACAUUCAUGUUUGGUGAAAAUGUGUCGCCUUAUUCAUUCUUUUGAUUAUAGUAUCUCUUAGUACUAUAAAUCUAUCAUUCUCUGGCUUGUACGAAGAAACUGCAACAUAGAUUUUUGCAAAAAAUAAUUUUUUAGCUCCCUUCAAUUAGAUAGAUGCUUUUAUGGCUGGAUCCCUUGUUGCCGUUUUAUUAUUGAUUUUGUUUUGUGAAGUUCUGACAGUGAUAUAAACAGCCAGUUUGGUGAGGGCUAUGAUCAUUUUUGGAUUCUGAUGUGAAACUGGAUUAGUCCAAUGCUGGGAUUUCAAAGUUAAAGGUUGAUUGGAAAUUUACAAACUGGUACAUGUGCAGGCAAAGUUUUUUUUUUUCUCCUCCCAGAAGGGUUUUUUUUUCCAGGAUGUAGGACUCUUUGAAGAAACUGGAUGAUGUAAUGGGAUGCCAGAUGGUAUGGUUUUCUAAAGGGGUAAACACAAAUGGACCAAGGUUGUUUAUCUUGUGAAAUUCUUUCCAAAUUGAUUAAGAAGGAACUGCAGAUGCUGAAAAAUCGAAGGUAGACAAAAAUGCGGGGAGAAACUCAGCGGGUGAGGCAGCAUCUAUGGAGCGAAGGAAAUAGGCAACAUUUCGGGUCAAAACCCUUCUUCAGACUGGAUCAGUCUGAAGAAGGGUUUCGAUCCGAAACGUUGGCUAUUUCCUUCGCUCCAUAGAUGCUGCCUCACCCGCUGAGUUUCCCCAGCAUUUUUGUCUACUUUCCAAAUUGAUGUUACCACAGCACGGGUAACAUCGGUUUUAGAAACAGUAAACUUAAGUGCAAUGAAUUAAGGCAAUAUUUGACCAACGAAUUUUGCUGUGUGAUGUAUUUAUAAUCUAAUUUGGCAGAAUGUAUAAAUUUUGCACAGUCUAACUUUUCAAAAUGCAGUGUUUUAUCUCAUUUCAAUCAACCGAUCAUAGCAUUAUGAUUUGUAAGGUUCUGCAAAACCUUCCAAAAAAAAAAGUAACAUGUUGUUCACCCUUGUACAAUAGUCUGUUACAGCAUAGUUUUAAUUUGUGGACUUGAAAUGCUAGCGUGAGUAUUUUAAGUUCAUCUUGCAUUAAAAGAUCUGGAAUUAUUAACUUCACCCUAUUAAUUUGUAUAUUUUGUAAAUUGCAUUCUGCCAUUGUUUGGAGUUGCAUUCUAAUGUACAAAUGCGCUUUCCACCCGAAAAAUAAAUAUACUAACAACUGAAGAGCA